UCUUUACACUGGUAAGGCUGGGCUUCUGUCAUCGCUCUCCGCUCAGAGGGCGGGCAGUGGGGCAGGAGCCAAUCAGCGUCGAGGGGCGAGCUGAACGAACUGUCCAAUCAGGUGGCCCGGGGGAGCCGACUCUGUUUCCUUCUCCACAGCCCAGAUCCUGAGAAGAGUUGCGAGCCGCUCCGGCUGGCUGGGCCGCCUCGCUCUAGAAUGUCUGCCGGCUGCGGGCUGCGUGGGAAGGACCCGGGGAGACCCUCCAGCCGCGCAAUGAAGACAGUGACCUUUGAGGAUGUGGCUGUGAACUUCUCCAUGGAGGAGUGGGCUUUGUUGGAUCCAUCCCAGAAGAAGCUCUACCGAGAUGUGAUGUGGGAAAACUUUAGGAAUGUCACUGCUAUAGGAAGAAACUGGGAUGACCAGAAAAUUGAAGAUAAGUUUAGCAAUUACAGGAAAACUCUAAGAAGUGCAGAGUUAGAUAAAUGCUGUCAGUAUAAAUUAUGGUAUCAACAUGAAGAAAUGGUUUUUAUGACUCCUGAUACAAACGUGCACAUGAAACUCCUUGGUAUAAAACCAGGUGAAAGCCUUCCAUGUGGAAAGCCUCCCAUUGGUCAUUCAUCAGUAACCAUGCCCAUCAUACAUCACACUGGACUCAAACCAAAUGAGCUGCGUGGAUUCGAACAGAAACCGUCUAACUGUAACAGAUAUGAGAAAACCUCUGCUGACUUCCAGUCCCUUCAGAAAUAUGCAAAAGUACAUCCUGAAGAAAAACCCUAUGGAUAUAAGCAAUGUGGAAAACCCUCCUCUGAUUGCACUGUUGAAACUAAUGCUGAGGAGAAAUCCUUUGUAUGUAAGCAGGACGUGAGAGCCUUCAGUACGCCCAUCUACGUUCAACUCCAGGAAAGAAAUCACAGUAGUGUGAAUACCUAUAUAUGCAUACAAAGUGGAAAAGUUUCAAAUUCUCACCAUGAUAUUCAGAAACAUGAAAGUGCUCACACUGGAACAAAAUUCUAUGUAUGGAAACACAGUUGGAAAUCUUUAAAUAACACUUCAUUUGGUAGUCAUGAAAGAACUUACUUUGCAGGAAAACCCUACGAAUGUAAGCAAUGUGGAAGUGCUUUUGGCAAACAGAAUUGUUGUCAAGUACAUGAUCAAACUCAGACUGGGGAGAAGCACUCUGAAUUUAAGGAAUAUGGGAAAGCUUUCAGCAUACACUCUCAAUUUAAAACACAUGAAAGGAUUGACACUGGGGAGAAACCCUAUGUAUGUAAGCGAUGUGGGAAAGCUUUCAGCAGACACAGUGACUGCGAAAUACAUGAAAGGACUCACACUGGGGAAAAACCCUAUGAAUGUAAACAGUGUGGGAAAGGCUUCAUGACACAGAGUCAUUGUAAAACUCAUGAAAGGACUCAUACUGGGGAGAAACCGUAUGUAUGUAAUCAGUGUGGGAAAACUUUCAUAACACAGAAUAAUCGUAAAACACAUGAAAGGAUCCACACUGGGGAGAAACCCUAUGUGUGUCAGCAAUGUGGAAAAGCUUUCAGCAGGCGCAGUGACUGUGAAAUUCAUGAAAGGACCCACACUGGAGUGAAACCCUUUGUAUGUAACCAAUGUGGGAAAGCUUUCAGCAGACACAGUGAAUGUAAAAUACAUCAAAGGACUCACACUGGGGAGAAACCCUAUGUAUGUCAGCAAUGUGGGAAAGCAUUUAGCACACAUGGUAAUUGUCAAAUUCAUAAACAAACUCACACAGGGGAGAAACCAUAUGUGUGUAAACAAUGUGGGAAGGCUUUUACUACACAGAGUUCUUGUCAAAUACAUGAAAGGAUCCACACUGGGGAGAAACCCUAUGUAUGUAACCAAUGUGGAAAAGCUUUCAGCAGGAACAGUGAAUAUAAAAUACAUGAAAGGACUCACACUGGGGAGAAACCAUAUGUAUGUCAGCAAUGUGGGAAAGCUUUUAUCAGGCACAGUGAAUAUAAAAUACAUGAAAGGUGUCACACUGGGGAGAAACCCUAUGUAUGUCAGCAAUGUGGCAAAGCUUUCAUGACACAGAAUCGUUGUAAAACACAUGAAAGGACUCACACUGGAGAGAAAUCCUACGUAUGUAAGCAGUGUGGGAAAGCUUUCAUGACACAGAGUCAUUAUAAAACACAUGAAAGGAUUCACACUGGAGAGAAACCCUAUGUAUGUAAGAAAUGUGGGAAAGCUUUUACCACGCACAGUUCUUGUCAAAUACAUGAAAGGAUCCACACUGGGGAGAAACCUUACUUAUGUAACCACUGUGGAAAAGGUUUCAGCAGGCGCAGUGAUUGUGAAAUACAUGUAAGGACUCACACUGGUGAGAAACCCUAUGUCUGUAAGCAAUGUGGGAAAGCUUUCAUGACACGGAGUCAUUAUAAAACACAUGAAAGGACUCAUACUGGAGAAAAACCCUAUGUAUGUAAGCAAUGUGGGAAGGCUUUCACCACACACAGUUCUUGUCAAGUACAUGAAAGGAUCCACACUGGGGAGAAGCCCUACAUAUGUAACCACUGUGGAAAACCUUUCAGCAGACACAGCGACUGUGAAAUACAUGAACGAACUCAUACUGGGGAGAAGCCUUAUGUGUGUAGUCAGUGUGGGAAAGCUUUCAGUAGACACGGUGAACGAAAAAUACACGAAAGGACUCACACUGGGGAGAAACCCUAUGCAUGUAAGCAAUGUGGAAAAGCUUUCACUACACACAGUAAUUGCCAAAUACAUGAACAGACUCACACUGGUGAGAAACCCUAUGCAUGUAAACAAUGUGGCAAAGCCUUCAGGACCCACAGCUUGUGUAAAAGACAUGAAACAGGUCACACUGGAGAAAAUCCCUAAGUAUGUAACAAAGGUGAAAGAGCUU